GUCUUAUCAGUAGUGAACCCUCUGAUACCGUCAUCUUUGCAAUGGGGCCUAGGGUUAUUUGGAUGAAUACUGCGUACCUAAUUUUGAAUGUUUUUGUUUUAUCCGUCAGGGGACAUGGACUUGAAAACAAAUCUGCUUUCCCGAAAACAGAAAACUUCAAAAUAACAGAGAUUCAGUUUAUGAUCGCAGUAAAUGCAACCUGGCAAGGAGAACACGGCUGUAUAGCUUAUGCAUUUACACCCGCGCUUCCUCCAGGAAACAAAUGGAAUGCCACCCAACCGAUCAAAGUUGGGGGAUGUGACAAAGGGCCUUUUAUUUACAACGUGAUUCCUCCGACUGAUGGGAAAAGCAAAGUGAGCGUCAAUGUGACGUUUUUUUCGUCCGAUGUGAUCGACGCUGAACCCCCAAGUUGUCAGAUCCCGUUUAAUGGCACGUUCCUGCUCCCUUCUCCUGACGGUUAUGACGACGAACUUCUUCCAAACUGUUUUGUACAGGAUUCUCGGGAAGGGACAGAACGCUUAUUUCUAAUCCUCCGAAGUGUUAGCAAAAUUCCAGUCGAAAACUUUGAACCAGUAGUAAGUCAUGUGAUAGCCCUCUCUAGAAUCCCCAACAAAGCAGUUGGGAAGUAG